AUGUUAACGAGAAGACAACUCCUUUCAUCCACACGGCGCAUCGCAAGUGCGCCUACCAGUCGAUCUACCGCGAGAUUACUGGCUUUGCGGCCACACAUUGCCAACUCAGCUUCAACACCCACGACCACAACACAAUGUAAUUCUCUGCGACUCCUCCCCUCCGUCUCAGCGGUCCGAUACUAUGCAAACGGCCGACCGCACCCACCGGGGGGCACCCACCGGAUGGACAUGGGCGGUGGUGGGGAAGAAAAGCCAGCGCUCGAGCAAUUUGGAAUCGACCUCACGGCCAAAGCGAAAGAAGGCAAGCUCGACCCUGUCAUCGGGCGAGACGCAGAAAUACAGCGAACAAUUCAGGUCCUGUCUCGGAGAACAAAAAACAAUCCGGUGCUGAUCGGCCAGGCGGGUACGGGCAAGACCGCCAUCUUGGAGGGUUUGGCUCUGAGAAUCGUCAGGGGCGAUGUCCCGGAAUCUAUAAAGAACAAGCGCGUCAUUACGCUAGAUUUGGGCAGCCUCAUUGCCGGCGCCAAGUUCCGCGGCGACUUCGAGGAGCGGUUGAAGAAGGUACUCAGCGAGGUGGAGAAAGCGGAGGGUCAGGUCAUCCUGUUCAUUGACGAAUUGCACACGUUACUUGGGCUUGGGAAAGCCGAGGGCUCGAUCGACGCUUCAAACCUUUUGAAACCAGCUUUGUCGAGAGGGGAGCUCCAGUGCUGUGGUGCGACCACGCUGAAUGAGUACCGGCUCAUCGAAAAGGAUGUCGCAUUAGCUCGACGAUUCCAACCUAUUUUGGUCAACGAGCCGACCGUGGAGGACACAAUCAGCAUUCUGCGUGGUAUCAAGGACAAGUAUGAAGUCCAUCAUGGUGUUCGCAUCACAGACGGAGCCUUGGUUGCGGCAGCCACAUACUCGAACCGGUAUAUCACAGACAGAUUUCUUCCCGACAAGGCCAUUGAUCUGAUGGAUGAGGCGGCGAGCUCACUGCGACUGCAGCAAGAGAGCAAGCCGGAGGAUAUCAUGCGUCUGGAUCAGAGGAUCAUGACUAUUCAGAUCGAGUUAGAAAGCUUGCGCAAAGAGAAAGACAUUGCAAGCCGAGAGCGGCGAGAGAAGUUGGAAAACGACCUGAAGUCGCUGCAAGAAGAGGUCAAGGCGCUCAAUGAGCGCUGGGACAACGAGCGAGGCGAGAUCGAGACCAUCAAAAAGACACAGGCAGAUCUUGAGAAGGCAAAGGUCGAGUUGGAGAUGGCUCAGAGAGAGGGCAACUUCGGCCGUGCCUCCGAGCUCAGGUACAGCGUCAUCCCGUCUUUGGAACAGAAGUUACCGAAGGAGGGAGAGCAGCCGAAGACAGACGGUACUCUCAUCCAUGACAGCGUCACGGCAGACGACAUCGCCCAAGUCGUCGCUCGAAUCACCGGCAUACCAGUGUCCAAGCUCACAUCAGGGCACAUCGAGAAGCUCGUACACAUGGAGGACACUCUCCGGCAAUCUGUCAAGGGUCAAGAUGAAGCCCUCAAAGCCGUCGCCGACGCCGUGCGCAUGCAGCGUGCCGGUCUUUCGGGGGAGAACAGGCCACUUGCCAGCUUCUUCUUCCUCGGCCCGACGGGCGUGGGCAAGACGGAACUGUGCAAGAAACUCGCUGGCUUCCUGUUCUCCACCGAAUCCGCGGUUGUCCGCUUCGACAUGAGCGAGUUCCAGGAGAAACACACCAUCUCGCGGCUGAUCGGCGCCCCCUCUGGCUAUGUUGGCUACGAAGAUGCUGGCCAGCUGACUGAGGCCGUGCGGAGGAAACCGUACGCGGUGCUCUUGUUCGACGAGUUCGAGAAGGCCCACCGCGAUAUCUCAGCCCUGCUGCUGCAGGUCCUCGACGAGGGCUACCUCACGGACGCCCAAGGCCACAAGGUGGACUUCAAAAACACCAUCAUCGUGCUGACCUCGAAUCUUGGCGCGGACAUCAUCGUGGGCGAGAAUUACAAGGAAAGCGAUGAUGGGUCAAUCUCUCCCGAGGUCAAGAAGGCUGUCAUGGACGUCGUCGGCGCGAAUUAUCCGCCCGAGUUCAUCAACCGGCUCGACGAGUUCAUCUUCUUCAAGAGGCUAUCCCGCGAUGCGCUGCGUGACAUCGUCGACAUCCGCCUGAAGGAGCUGCAGGAGCGUCUCAACGACAGAAGGAUAACACUCAGCGUCCCCGACGAGGUGAGAACGUGGCUUGCGGACAAGGGCUAUGAUCCCAAGUACGGCGCAAGGCCGGUAAACAGGCUCAUCACGCACCAAAUUAGCAACAACCUGGCAGACAAGAUCAUCAAGGGCCAGAUCAAGAUGGGUGAGACGGCUGUGGUGUCUGUCAAGGAAGACGACUCUGGUCUUGAGGUGAAUGCCGAUAACAAGGCGUAA